ACCCGCUCGGCCCCGCUCGGCUCUGCCCGGCUCGGCUCGGCUCGGCCCGGCUCGGCCCCGCUCGGCUCGGCACCAUGCUGGCGCUCUUCAACAAGCUGCUGGACUGGUUCCGGGCGCUGUUCUGGAAGGAGGAGAUGGAGCUGACCCUGGUGGGGCUGCAGUACUCGGGCAAGACCACCUUCGUCAACGUGAUCGCGUCAGGACAGUUCAAUGAAGACAUGAUCCCGACGGUGGGCUUUAACAUGAGGAAGAUCACGAAGGGGAAUGUUACCAUAAAGCUCUGGGACAUCGGUGGCCAGCCACGGUUUCGCAGCAUGUGGGAGCGGUACUGCCGUGGAGUGAGUGCCAUCGUGUACAUGGUGGAUGCUGCUGACCAGGAGAAGAUAGAGGCCUCCAAGAAUGAACUGCACAACCUGCUUGACAAGCCACAGCUCCAGGGCAUCCCGGUCCUAGUCCUGGGGAACAAGCGAGACCUGCCCGGUGCCUUGGAUGAGAAGGAGCUCAUUGAGAAGAUGAACCUCUCUGCCAUCCAGGACCGAGAGAUUUGUUGCUACUCCAUCUCCUGCAAAGAAAAGGACAACAUCGACAUCACCCUACAGUGGCUUAUCCAGCACUCGAAGUCUAGGAGAAGCUGAGAUCCCGUGGACUGCGGCUCAGAUCGGGAAGAUGCCAUUGUACAAGUCCAUGCCCCUUCUCUCUCCUGCUCUGUCCCUCCAGCUCUCUCUCUAGAUGGGUAUUUUUAGGGGACCCCAGACUCCGCUCGCAUUGAGGUGGAGCCCUUGUUUUUAUUGUAAAGAAAAUGUCCGACUGCCCUCCUCUCCUCUCCUCUCUCUGUCUCUUCCUCCCAUUUUGGCACUGUUCUGUUGUUGUCUGUGUAUACAGUAUAUAUAUAUAUAUGUAUAUAUAUUUUAAUUUUUUAAUUUAAGCGAUAGCGCUGUUACUAAACUGGGCCCUGUGAGCGGUAGGAAGGCUGUGGGCUCCCUGAGGCCGGCUGAGGGUCAGCGUUGGGAGGAAGAUGAGGAUGGUGGCAGAAGGCAGCCCCUUGGGGAUGGGGCUGUGCCAGGCUGCGGGCAGGUCCCCUGGGGGUCCCUCGUCCCUUCCCCGGGUGUCCUGCCGGUACCCCCAGGCAGAGAGUAUCCUGGGGGUGUUGGGAAUAUGCCCACCUUGCCCUUCCUCGGGCUUCAGCCCCAUGGGCAGGGUUUGGGGGGAAGGCGAUGCCGCCCCCCAGGCUCCUCGCCCCUCCGGGGGGACAGGGAUUAGUCAUGACCCGCUGCGAUCAGCCUCUCCCUGCAUUGCCUCCAGCUGCUGUGCCACUGCCCCAACCCCUCGUCACUGCCCUGGGCCGCUCAUCCCCCUGCCCCGUGUGCCCCCCAGCCCCCGUGCCUGGGCCAGAUCCUGCCCCGCUGCCCAGUCCUGCUGCUCUGCUGCACUGGGGUGGCGAUCCGAGGGGCCGGUGCCAGUGCAGGGGGAGCCCAGCAAUGCCAGCAGCCCCCGCGGGGAGCAGGGGGCUGGCUCCUGCCUCUUCCCUGCCCCAGCUGCCCCCGGAGGUGGCUCAGCCCCUCGUAGCCUCUUGGGGCAGCUGCGCUGGCUCCCCACAUGCCAAAAGGCAUCGCCUGCGCCCGGCUGGGGACUGCUGGCUCUGCCCUGGCCGAGGACGUCG